AUGUUAAGACGACGAGAUUGCCGACUUUUGCAGGAUUCAAAAGUCAUCCCUACAGACAAUGUGGCCGCCCAACAUCAUUUGCUCAUCAUGGACUUGAAAACCUCCCGUCCAAGGAAGAGACAUCCAAGGACUGAAACACAACGCAUCAAAUGGUGGGAUGUGAAGGAUCGAAAGGCGGCAAUUCGUGAGAAGGAGCCGAAGUACAAGCUCAGGUGGAGGACACGCCAGCCUGAAGAUCGGGGCGCUUACCUAGCGACGGAGAGGGAUGCUAAGAAGGCAGUCUUCAAGUCGAAGUCCGACCGUUACAAGGCUGUGUACGGCAUGCUUGAUACCAGAGAAGGCGAGCUGGCAGACUACAGCACUAUAGAUGCUAUCUAUGCUGUCCAUAUCCUUCUGGAGAAACAUCGAGAGAAGAAUCGCCGUGUGCAUCCUGCUUUUCUCGAUGUCACGAAAGCUUAG